UCCCCGUUUCCGACCGUUGAUAAUAACAAGCAAUUUAAACAACACAGUAUUAUUCAUUCUUGUGUCUGUGGUUCAGCGGUUCUUUAACUAUACCAUGCGCGUCAUUAUAACUCAACAUUAAUUAACUAUUUUAAAAUAUUACUGUUUUUUCUGCAUUUGAUUUCUUGUACGUAUAGUUUAUCGUGAUCAUCGCUCUCUGAAAAGACGAUUUUCCAGAGAUCAAAUUUUAAUUUUAAUCUGAUCAAUUCCCGUUGAUAUAAAAUUAUUUAGUAAAAAAUGGCUAUGGCAUCAUCUUCACAUGUUGAAGAAGCCGUUGUUGAUGAUCAUGAAGAAGAUGAUGGACCAUUACUUAUUUCAAAACUUGAGGGUCAAGGAAUUACAAGUGGAGAUAUUAAAAAGCUUCAAGAAGCUGGAUACCAUACAAUAGAAUCUGUUGCUUUUGCAACAAAAAAGCACCUUAUUACUAUUAAAGGCAUAAGUGAAGCAAAAGCUGAUAAAAUAUUGGCUGAAGCAUCAAAAAUGGUUCCACUUGGUUUUACUUCUGCAACAAUAUUUCAUCUUAAGAGAUCUGAAAUAAUUCAAUUGACUACUGGUUCAAAGGAAUUAGAUCGUCUAUUAGGCGGUGGCAUAGAAACUGGUUCAAUCACAGAAAUAUUUGGAGAAUUUAGAACUGGCAAAACACAAUUAUGCCAUACUUUAGCUGUAACUUGUCAGCUGCCUAUUGGUCAAAAUGGUGGAGAAGGAAAAUGCCUCUAUAUUGACACCGAAGGUACAUUCCGACCAGAAAGAUUACUCUCAGUAGCCGAAAGAUAUCAGUUGGUAGGUAGUGAUGUACUUGAUAAUAUUGCUUGUGCCAGAGCAUAUAAUACAGAUCAUCAAACACAAUUAUUACUGCAAGCUGGAGCUAUGAUGGCUGAGUCUAGGUAUGCAUUAUUGGUUGUUGAUAGUGCCAUGGCUUUAUAUAGAACUGAUUAUUCUGGAAGAGGUGAAUUAUCAGCUAGACAGAAUCAUUUGGCUAGAUUUCUCAGAAUGUUACUGCGUCUAGCUGAUGAGUUUGGUGUUGCUGUAGUAAUAACCAAUCAAGUAGUUGCUCAAGUGGAUGGCGCUUCUAUGUUUGCAGCAGAUCCAAAAAAACCUGUUGGCGGAAAUAUAAUGGCUCACGCAUCCACAACUAGAUUGUAUCUGCGUAAAGGCAGAGGUGAAACAAGAAUAUGCAAGAUAUACGAUUCUCCUUGUUUACCAGAGUCCGAAGCAAUGUUUGCUAUAAAUGCUGAUGGAAUUGGAGAUGCUAAAGAGUAGCUUGAUUAUAAUUUGUAUUUUAUUUUUUGUUGUCAAAAUUUCAAUCUAUAAGAAUAUUACUAUUUAGAAUAUAUUCAG